ACCCUCCUUUUCCCGUCUGACUUGACGCUGGCUGAAGCAGCUGCCCUUCACAACAUUACCUCCGCGGUCCAUCCGAGAAAUAAUGAUCCCCGAGCAGCAGCAGCAGCAACGGCGGCAGCAGCAGCAGCAGCAGCCUGGGCCCGGAGUAGCACCCUCCUGCUCUGUCGGUGAGCCAUGAGCAUGCCACCGCUCCGGCCUCCUCGUCCCAGCCUCACCGACAGUCGUUCACCACCAGCAAGAUGUAUUUCAACCGGAGAGCCAAAAAGAUACACAGCGAGGGAGAGCAGUUAGUGUUGACCACCCUUAGGCAGGAGGCUUCUGAACUGCAGGACCCAAGCCAAGGCACCGGGGCUACCAUGCGUGCCUGCCUCACAGACAGGUUUGACAAAACCUCGCCUCUCUCCCAUCAAUCCAACGGUGCAGGACCCGCUUGCUCGUCCGCCGGUUACCGCAAGGCAGAUGAUGAGAUGUCCGGGACCACUUCCCAGGCGGAUCCCAUAGACGCCACGGCGCGGACGGUGCUGCUCAACCGGCCUCAGAAUACCAAGUUCUGCGACAACCAUGUCAGUACCACCAAGUAUGGGGUGCUCACCUUUCUGCCCCGAUUUCUGUAUGAGCAGAUCAGGCGGGCUGCCAACGCCUUCUUCCUGUUCAUCGCACUCAUGCAGCAAAUCCCUGAUGUAUCACCGACUGGUCGCUACACCACACUGGUCCCGCUCAUCUUCAUCCUCACCGUGGCCGGGAUCAAAGAGAUCAUAGAGGACUAUAAAAGACAUAAAGCAGACAACACAGUUAACAAGAAGAAGACAACAGUGCUGCGUAACGGAUCCUGGCAGACGAUCAUCUGGAAACAGGUGGCAGUAGGAGACAUAGUGAAGGUGACCAAUGGCCAACACCUUCCAGCUGACAUGGUUAUUGUGUCCUCCAGCGAGCCGCAGGCCAUGUGUUACACUGAGACCUCCAACCUGGAUGGAGAAACCAACCUGAAGAUCAGACAGGGUCUCCCACUCACAGCUGGUGCUCAGACCCUGGAGGAUUUGAUGGCUCUGUCUGGUCGUUUGGAGUGCGAAGGCCCCAACAGACACUUAUAUGACUUCACUGGCACACUGCGGCUGGAGAACCAGAAUCCAGCGCCUCUGGGUCCAGACCAGGUGUUGCUGCGCGGCGCCCAGCUCCGAAACACACAGUGGGUUGCAGGAAUUGUUGUCUACACUGGCCAUGACUCCAAACUGAUGCAGAACUCCACCAAGGCACCGCUAAAGCGUUCUAACGUGGAGCGAGUGACCAACAUGCAGAUCCUGGUCUUGUUUGGCAUCCUGCUGGUCAUGGCCUUGGUCAGCUCUGUGGGCGCUGCCAUCUGGAACAGGGAACACACAGAAGAUGCCUGCUGGUACCUGUCCCGGGCUGGUGAUAUCUCCACUAACUUUGCAUAUAACCUGCUGACUUUCAUCAUCCUGUACAACAACCUGAUCCCCAUCAGCCUGCUGGUCACACUGGAGGUGGUCAAGUUCACACAGGCCCUCUUCAUUAACUGGGAUGUGGAGAUGUACUACUCAGAGACAGACACACCGGCCAUGGCUCGAACGUCCAAUCUUAAUGAGGAACUAGGCCAGGUGAAGUAUCUCUUUUCCGACAAGACAGGAACUCUGACCUGUAACGUCAUGCACUUUAAGAAGUGUACCAUUGCGGGAAUUACAUAUGGCCACUUCCCUGAUCUUGACGUUGAUCGUUCAAUGGAGGACUUCAGCAAUCUGCCAUCCAGCACCAAUAACUCUACAGAGUUUGAUGAUCCAACUCUCAUCCAAAACAUUGAGAAGAACCACCCUACAUCACCUCAAAUCUGUGAGUUCCUGACAAUGAUGGCAGUGUGCCACACAGUGGUCCCAGAGAGGGAGGAAGACCAGAUCAUUUUCCAAGCCUCCUCGCCAGAUGAAGGAGCGCUGGUCAAAGGGGCCAAAGGACUCGGAUUUGUCUUUACUGCAAGAACCCCACAUUCAGUCAUAAUUGAAGCUAGAGGAAAAGAGAUGAGUUAUGAGCUGCUGAACGUGCUGGAGUUUUCCAGUAACCGCAAACGUAUGUCUGUGGUGGUCAGAACCCCCGACGGGAAGCUACGGCUGUACUGCAAAGGAGCUGAUAAUGUCAUUUUUGAACGUCUGACUGAGGUGUCCCAGUACAAAGAUUUAACUCUUGCUCAUCUGGAAGCGUUUGCUACUGAAGGCCUAAGGACUCUGUGCUUUGCGUAUGUGGACCUGGAGGAAGACGCCUACCAGGAGUGGCUGAAGGAAUACAAUCGUAUCAGCACUGUGCUCAAAGACCGUGCACAGAAACUAGAGGAGUGUUAUGAACUACUGGAAAAGAACUUAAUGCUGUUGGGCGCCACAGCCAUAGAGGACCGUCUCCAGGCUGGCGUGCCAGAAACCAUUGCCACUCUGAUGAGGGCUGACAUCAAGAUCUGGGUCCUCACUGGAGACAAGCAGGAGACUGCCAUCAACAUAGGUUACUCCUGUCGUCUGGUGACACACGGCAUGUCCCUCAUCAUUGUCAACGAGGACUCUCUGGAUGCUACACGUGCCACACUGACAACUCACUGUUCAUCCCUGGGCGACUCCCUGAGGAAGGAAAAUGAGCUGGCGCUGAUUAUCGAUGGUCAGACAUUGAAAUACGCGCUGUCCUUCGAGCUCCGCCAGGCCUUCCUUGACUUGGCAUUGUCCUGCAAGGCUGUCAUCUGCUGCCGAGUGUCUCCACUGCAGAAGUCAGAGAUUGUGGAUAUGGUGAAGAAACACGUGAAAGCCAUCACGCUGGCGAUAGGCGACGGUGCAAAUGAUGUGGGCAUGAUUCAGACGGCUCACGUUGGAGUUGGGAUCAGUGGCAACGAGGGCAUGCAGGCCACCAACUCUUCUGACUACUCCAUAGCACAGUUCUCCUACCUAGAGAAGCUGCUGCUGGUCCAUGGGGCGUGGAGCUACAACCGUGUCACCAAGUGCAUCCUCUACUGUUUCUAUAAGAAUGUGGUCCUCUACAUUAUAGAGCUCUGGUUUGCCUUUGUGAACGGGUUCUCUGGCCAGAUCCUUUUUGAGCGCUGGUGUAUAGGCCUCUACAAUGUGAUAUUUACUGCACUGCCUCCUUUCACUCUGGGGAUAUUUGAUCGGCCGUGCAGCCAACAGAACAUGCUCCGUUUCCCACAGCUCUACCGAAUCACCCAGAAUGCCGAGGGCUUCAACACCAAGGUGUUUUGGGGUCACUGUAUCAAUGCACUGAUUCAUUCAAUUAUUCUCUUUUGGUUUCCGCUCAAAAUGUUAGAGCAUGACUCUUCCUUCAGUGACGGUCAGGGAAAUGAUUACCUGUUUGUUGGAAAUAUGGUCUACACAUAUGUGGUGGUUACAGUAUGUCUGAAAGCUGGAAUGGAGACCACCGCUUGGACCAGGUUUUCCCACCUGGCUGUAUGGGGAAGCAUGGUCCUCUGGAUGGUCUUCUUUGCUGUUUACUCCGCCAUCUGGCCCACCAUCCCCAUCGCCCCCGACAUGCUGGGCCAGGCUGGCAAGGUGAUGCAGUGUUGGCACUUCUGGCUGGGCCUCGUCCUGGUGCCUACUGCGUGUUUACUCAAAGACUUUGCUUGGACUGCCACUCGUCGCACUGUGAGGAAGUCUCUUCUGGAGGAGGUGCAGGAGUUGGAGGCGCGGGCCGUUGACCCAGGGGCAGCUGUACUUAGGGAUGCCAGCGGCCGCAGGUGGAUCAAUUUGAACUGCUGUACAAACCUGGUGUGUCUUCUGGUUUUGUCUGUAGUGCUCUCACUGUGAUUUAGCUGUGUGCGUGUCACUAGAGCUGUGUUAGACUGCGUUGUUUAGUUUUUGGGGGAAAUUUUAUAGAUAGAAAAAGUUAUAGAUUACAGCAUGUGCACUUAGGAUUGUAGAUGUUUGACCAGCAGUGAUGGAAAGUAACAAAAUACGUUUAGUAUAAUUAUAUUUUAAUAAAGAAUCAGAGUUUCCACAAUAUUUUGCUAAUCAAGAUUAGAAUGAGAUGUAUAAUGUUCUGCUAUUAUGACUCGCUGUGAUAAAGAGUCAGAUGUGUGUGAGUCACCAACUCAGGCUGUUUUCUCAGAGCAGUUCUUUCCUUGAAAAGAGCUGGAGAAGUCUUGAGGUAUGUUUUCAGAUUGGGGAGGGAACGGUGGGAAACAACACUGCUGCUCCUAACCCCUACACAGGGCCCCGUCCUGGACUGACCCUGCUUUAAACCCAGGAAAGCGGGACUGGAUCUUGGGGCCCUCUCCAUUUAGAAUAAGGGAAGUAAGGUAGUAGUGGGCAGAGAGGCGAUGGAGCAAAAUGGAAAAGAGCACAUCUGUGUUUGUAGUUCUUGGGGAGGUCCUGGGGUAGGCAUGGGAAAGGUAGAGCGCAGGAGCGUCUCGGGGGAAGAGUUCAAAGGAAACACAUCCUUGGGCCUUUCUGAAUCUGAAGGUAGCCAGAAAGAAACAUUACAGAAGUAGAGAGGACAACUUGAGUCGUACUGAUGCAUGAGCCUUUCAUUUAUUUGUCCAGCCACCAUUUGGUCUUUUAUCAUUCACUCAGCACUGUCAUCUAUCUAACAGACAUCAUUUUUUUUGGCCAAAGACUUCUUGAGCAAACUUCAGAGACCCUCACUUUUUUUUACAAAUGCUCUAGUGAAGGUUCCCAACAGUCACAUACAGUAUUAAGAAUUUCCUAACUGCCUGAUCCAAAUUUCAACCUUGGGAAGGCUGGCUUUAGUCCAUAACUACUCCGUUGAUCAUCAUAGGAGUUAGGGAAACCCCUCUUGUGUGAAUUUAAUGCUUCAUUGGAAGAUAAAUGUAGUCUUUCAUAUAAAAUUGAUUGCGUCAGAAAGUCACUUUUUGCCAGUGCUACAGGCGUCCUUGCAUUUACAUCCAGUGCCUAUGCCUAAUAACUAUAAUGACUGUUAUGAUGGCGAUAAGACUGGAGAGAAGUAUCAAACUUAACGUGUAUAUGUGUGUGUGUGUGUGUGUGUGCGCAUGCACUUGUGUGCAAUAUCUGGAAAGGGCUUAGUUAUUUUUGGUCACGGGAGGAGAGGAGCCGUGACGGCGUGUGGUCUCAGAACAGAGGAUCCAGUCUUCUUCUUGGAAAGAGGGGGAAGAAGAGGAGAGGAGGUUGAGGGGGGUUCUGGGGAAUAGUUUACUGUGGAUGUCCUGUUACCCUGCAGCUAGUUUAUGACUUACUGUUGGGAUAAAUUGGAUGUCAGAAGCACUUAGUGUCAAAUCCACCUCCUACCAACUUUCUGGACUUAAAUCUGCUUUGUUUGUAUGUUGAUCCGUGAAGGAAAAAUGUACUUAUCAGUGUUUUGCUCAAGGAAAGCUGAAGGUCGAAGCUUUAAAAAUCCUGCUGCCUUAAAUCUGUUGGCAGUUACAUUAUAUUUCGACAUAUCACAAAAAAAACCUGCCACUUCUCAUAACUGAAAGCAAAGUGAUAAAAGCACAGAGAAAUAUGUACACUAACUAAAAAAAUAUAUUUCCCUGUAGCUUGUAAUGGUGUUGUGUGUUAAUAGUGGAGAUUCUCUCUUUAAUUACCAACUGACUAACUGGUUAUGUGCCGUCACUGUGGAGUAACUGAUCUUUCU